AUGUUUUUAAAUGGACAUAUUUAUAUGACUUGGAGUGAUGAUAAAGCUACUUGGGACCCUUCAUUAUUUAAUAAUGUUAGAACAACUAUGAUAUCUCGUCGAUCACACGCAACAUUAACAUCAAUAACUCCAAAUAAAACAAAAGUAGAAAGUUAUCCAACAUUUUCUGUCCGUGUUGGAUGUAAUUUUAAUUUUAGAGAUUAUCCGAACGAUGAACAAAAUUGUGCUGCUCGUUUAUACACAACAAAUGUUAUGAGUGAAGUUGAAUUAGCAAUUUAUUAUAAUUUGGAACCUUCUGUAAUGCUUGGUUGGGGUAACCAAUCAAUCAAAAAAAAUAUACAAGAAUGGGAAUUAUUGUCAGUUAAUGCUAAUUUAAGUUUUUAUAAAAGUCACAGAAAAUAUUCUAAUGAAAGGCCAAAUAGUGCUUAUGAGGCACAGAGUACUUGGACAUUAAUUAUUUUAAAUUUAAAAUUUCGUCGAAAUUCUCCACAAUAUUGGUUAGGGAUUGGAUUGCCCUGUUUUGUUUGUUUAAUUAUUAUUUUACUUUCUUUUUUGUCAACAAAAAUUGAAUUAUCUAUUGGACUUUUAUUGGCUAAUUUUGUAUUAGAAUCUGUUUUGUUACGCGAUGCUCUUCAAACUUUGCCUCCAGCGGCGGGGGAAAAUCCAAAAAUUGGUUGGAAUUUUUGA